UUAGAUGCCACCUGUAAUCCAAUCGAAAGUGACAUCUUUCAACGUCGAUAUAUAUUUGACUGUUUGUGGCUCUCCACCCGCACUAUCUAUGCUGUCUUCGAACACCACUUUUUAAUAAAUCAACGGUUUUGUAUACUUAUCCUCUAAGAUAAAUACUAUAACUAAAAUCAAUUCCUUCGCAAAUAGGCAGCGAUUCUUCAGAUGCCGAUCGUUGCUCUUUCAGAAUGAGUUUGACAAGGCUGCCGUAUACGACACAGCCACGUGUACCAAAGCGUUCGUAUUUAAAUAGGCGCACUUUUCGUUCGAUCAACACCAUUGAUGAAACGAAAAUUGAUUUCUGUCAAAAUGGGAAAUUCGAGUGCGGACGAUAAGCCUGAAGUUCGUCCGCCCAGGAGACGAGCGCUUACAAUUCCGCUGCCGGAAGACAGAGACGAUAUCUAUAUCAAAACAGUCAUACCAGAACAGAAAGGACUCCUACAGAGCAUUUUCCAUCAGCCAAAGCCCAUAAUAAGCAUCAAAAAAGCAUCGCAGCAGACCCGCAAUCAACGCCAGUCGCCGCUUUGCCGGCUGCCAUACGAGCUUCGACUGUUGAUCUGGCGCGAAUAUCUCGGGGGCCACCGAUGGCACAUCCGCCGGGGCAGCAAAGGCCCCCGCGGCAGCGAGUGCAAUGGGGAUCACACCGUCACCGAGAUCAGCGUGGUUGAUCGAAGUGAGUUUACAGGCCGAGUGAUCCCCAGUAAUUUGAACGCGGUGGGCAAGCUGCCUCUGCUGCAGUCUUGUCGCUUGAUGUGAGUUGCUCCAGGGCGAUGGAGGAGACGAU